AGUGUAGUAACACCAUAUUAUAUUGUACUAUUCAGUGUAAGUGUUAGGAUCAUCCACAAGUAAGGAUUCUUCUCUGGAUAAAUGGGGGCUCUUGGUUUUCUUGAGAAAUGUCUAUCCCUGCUGUUCUGUUCCCUUCUUGUAUCUGAGAUCACUCUGUGUAAAGGCUCCUCACCAGAUGUCAGAGAUUUUGUAGAAUCAAUGACCGGUGAAUGUCACUAUGUGAACGGGACUCAGCGGGUGCGGUUUAUGCACAGAUACAUCUACAAUCAGGAGGAGUAUGUUUACUUUGACAGCGAUGUCGGGAAAUUCAUAGCAAAGAACGAGCUCUGGAGAAUUGUGGCAGAUUCCUGGAACAAUAAUCCGGAUAUCAUAGAGCAGGAGAGGAGCGCGGUGGAGAGAUGUAAAUAUAACUAUGGAGUCUUACACAGCUUCACUGCUGACCGGAGAGUUGAGCCAUCAAUCAAAAUCUCCCUGAUGGAUCAGAAUGAACAGCCCCAUGCAGUUCAGCACACGCUAUUAUGUAAUGUGUUUGGUUUCUAUCCAUCGGAGAUUGAGGUGAAAUGGUACCGGAAUGGUCAGGAGGAAACCGAGCAGGUCCAGUCUACCGAUCCCUAUCAUAAUGGUGACUGGUCUUACCAUAUCCUGGUGAUGCUGGAGACAGAGAUACAUAAAGGAGACACCUUUACCUGUGAGGUUCAUCACCGCAGCCUGGACGCCCCGCACCGAGUAGACUGGCACCCUCAGUCAUCAGAUGCAGCUAAAAACAAGAUGGCGACCGGUAUUGUGGGGUUUGUGCUCGGAAUUGUAUUUUUUAUCGUUGGUCUUGUCAUCUACAUGAGAGGAAGGAAAGUGCAAACUUCAUUCCAUGGACCACAGAAUGAACGCUUCUUGCCGCAGUAAUCUGGAUCAUCCUGCUUCGCGCUGCUCAUUUUCCAAACCAAAAAGGAGGAGUAACCUGAAGUCCACCUCCAGCCUUUUACUAUGAAUAUGCUGUGUAAUUCUGUCGCUCUGCAAUAUGUGCAGUUUAGGUUUUAUCAACGCUCUUAGUAAAUUCCUUAUCUGUUUGGGAAAUUGGUGAACUUUUUUUAUUAUUAUUAUUAGAAUUUUUUUUUAACACAUUUCAGAUGAUUGUUCUGUUCAUAAUUUAAAGGGAACCUAUCAGUCCCCUCCCCAGCACCUUGUAGAUGAAGGGCUCAGCAUUCAGACGCUCUGCCCAUAAGCUGCCUCGGGUAAGUAGUCACAGGGGCGGAGCUGGCGCCAUGUAGUCAUACAUUCCCAGCACUUAUGCUUGAUAAACACCCUGACUGCUGGGCUUUGCAUGAAGUGCCCGGCAUUCAAUGUGUCAUUCAAUAUGUGCUGAGGCUCCGCCCCCAUGCUUACUUACCCAGCGGCAGAGAACAGUGAUUUAACUUGUAGCAUGGUAUGAGAGAAAGCUUAUGGGUACAGCGUCCAAAUGUUGUGCCCUACAUCUACAAGAUACUGGGGAGGGCUGAUAAGGAUAAUGGGGACUGGGACAGGUUCUGUUUAAAUAAAAUAAAAAAAACUAUAGAAAAUUCCGAUCUCUAGAAAAACUUUAUCUAUACUUUCAUACGAUACAAAUUCAAGCUGGUUGCACUUAUCCAUUGGUCAUAUUUUAGGCUCAGUAUGACAGUCACAACAUGUAACAUACAUAAGGCCUAAAAUGUGUCCACACUUUUGGUCAGGAUUUUGCAUCAGUAUUUGUAAGCAUAAACUCAACACUGCAAUGUAAUAGUGGCCUUAUAACAAUAAGAUAAGAAACCCAACAUAACAUUCUUCCCAUUCACUAACAACAAGCAGAGAUCUUUAGAAAGUUUUGCAAAUCAAGUGAAAAUAGUCAAAGUCAAUGGCCUACAUAGAAGAAAGGGGGGCCUCAUUGCAAAUAUAGAAAUGGGCCUCUAUUGAGGAGUCCGAUUUUGCCCCCCCCCCCCUCCCCAGGACAGAAGGGUCUGGUGUUUAUUUUCCCUACACUUUCCAUGACCAAUUGGUUUAUACCCUACUCCAUUAAUUUGCUGACAAUGCAGUUCCCUGGAGAGUGAAGUUUUGCACAAGUUCUUUCCAAUAGAAAAAGGAACCAGUCCAACCUGCAUGGUGCCCCCUCUCUCCAAGGGCCCAUAACAGCCACAUGGUCUGUCUCUCUGGUACAUACACCCUUGUAUAAAGUCUAUUAGAAAGUUUUAUCACCUUCCUUUAUACAAUGAAUAUUAAUUGAACUCUCUAUCUACAGAUAUAUAGUGACGCAUUGCUUUAACAGAGCUUGUACAGAGGCUACAUGUCUCCAGACUAAUUAGCUAUAUUGCCACUGUCUACAGGUCUCUGCAGAUAAGUGUCUGAUUGCGGGGGGUACCACCACUGGGACCCCAUGCGAUUGGCACGUCUCUUCUAUGCAUCUCUAUAGGAGAGCCAAAGACACAUGAGCACUGUACUCCUUUGGAUUGGGGAUACAUUUCCCUAAACCAGAGUACCCCUUUAAUCAAAGUGGAUAAUUUAAUCUAAAACAAUUGUUUCUCAGAUACAAUUAAACUAUGAACGAUUAUUUUAACCAUACUUGGAAAAGGCACUAGAAGUCAUUCAAACUUUGCGUAGAUUAAUAGUACAAGCAACAGUAAGAAAACUUGUUAUAUAUUUUACUAGACAAAAAUGCUUCUUUCUCCUAUUAUCAACACCACCCUCUCCUGCUGCUUAAGGGUGCGUUCACACACUCUGUUUUUGCGGGUUUUCCGCUGUGUAUUUGAAAGGGUGCGGGCUCUACUCGGCUGUCCGCAGCAGAUUUUCCACAGAAGAAUUUACACUACGGAAAAUCCGCUGCAAGCCCCAUUGAAGUCAGUAGGGACUUCGGCGGAUUUUCCGCAGCGUAAAUUCCGCUGCGGACAAUCUGCUAUGGACAGCCAAGAAGAGCCCGCCCCUUUCAAAUACACAGCGGAAAAACUGCAAAAACAAAGAGCGUGUGAACGCACCCUGAAUCUUCUCUGAAAAUCAGCUCAGCUUUGUCCUGUGCCUGAAAUACAAGUCUUCUACAAGUCUACUCACCAGCACUGAGAGAACUGCAAAUUAUAGAGCAGAUUGCAAAGCAGAAUUCUGCUGAAAAAUACCUUAUACAAGUUAUAUUAUGGCCAGAAAUAGUGCUGCUCCUCAUGUACACACAGGGCAGCUUAUCCUUAAAAAU